AUGAAAUGUUUCUAUUCCAGCUCUGUCUCUGAAGAUUUGGGUGGCAGACGCGGAGAGUUCAGCAGAAAGCAUUACGGAUCUGUGGAGCUCCUUAUAUCUAGUGAUGCUGAUGGGGCCAUUCAAAAAGCUGGACGGUUCCGUGUGGAAAAUGGGUCCUCUGGUGAGAAUGCAGGCUGCACUCCGGGUACAUGGCACAGAACGGACGUGCAUCUGGAAAACCCAGAGUAUCAUACAAGAUGGUAUUUCAAAUAUUUUUUAGGGAAAGUUCAUCAGAAUUACAUAGGUACAGAUGCAGAGAAGAACCCUUUCUUUCUGUCCGUCGUACUGUCUGACCAAAAUAAUCAGCGCAUUCCUCAAUACCAUUCGAUCCUUUGGAGAAAAACGGGUACUCAGAAAAUAUGUCUCCCCUACAGUCCCACAAAAACAUUAUCAGUGAAAUCUAUAUUAAGUGCUAUGAGUCUUGAAAAAUUUGAGAAGAGCCCAAGGGAGAUUUUUCAUCCUGAGAUACAAAAGGAUUUAUUGGUUCUUGAAGAGCAAGAGGGAUCUGUGAAUUUUAAAUUUGGAGUCCUUUAUGCUAAGGAUGGUCAGCUUACAGAUGAUGAAAUGUUCAGCAAUGAAACCGGAAGUGAAAGCUUUCAAAGAUUUUUGCAUCUCUUGGGUGACACAAUUACUUUGAAAGGCUGGACAGGCUACAGAGGAGGACUGGACACUAAAAAUGAUACAACAGGAACCUGUUCUAUCUAUACAGUUUUUCAAGGGCAUGAAAUUAUGUUCCAUGUUUCAACCAUGCUACCAUAUUCUAGAGAGAACAAGCAGCAGGUAGAAAGGAAGCGACAUAUUGGAAAUGACAUUGUCACUAUCGUAUUUCAGGAAGGUGAAGAGUCUUCUCCAGCCUUCAAGCCAUCCAUGAUUCGCUCUCAUUUUACACAUAUUUUUGCUUUAGUGAGAUAUAAUAAGCAGAAUGAUAGUUACAGGCUGAAAAUAUUUUCAGAAGAAAGUGUUCCUCUCUUUGGGCCUCCCCUUCCAUCUCCACCUGUGUUUACAAAUCACCAGGAAUUCAGGGAUUUUGUGUUGGUGAAACUAAUAAAUGGUGAAAAAGCCACCUUGGAAACACCAACGUUUUCUCAGAAACGUCAGCGCACUCUAGACAUGCUGAUUCGCUCUUUAUACCAAGACAUGAUGCCUGACCUGCACAGGAACGUGCUCAAUAGAAGGUCCUUCAGUGAUGUGUUGCCAGAGUCCCCAAAAUCAACAAGGAAAAAAGAGGAAGCUCGACAAGCAGAGUUCGUUCGGCUUGGUCAGGCAUUGAAAUUGAAAACUACUGUGAAAGGGGACACCACAGCUAACUUGGCAACCACAAGCUUUUGUAAAAAGGAGCCUUGGGAAUCUCAAUCUUUCUGCAGUAAUUUUCCUCAUGAGGUUAUCUGUGCAGAUUCUUGGGGCCAGUCCUUGCUGGUUUCUACAGAUGCUGGCGUCUUGUUAAUAGAUGAUGGUCAACCAUCAGUGCAAGUAUUUGAUAAAACUCUCCAAAUGAAGCAGAUGCAUGUGUUGGAAGCUCUGGAUCUUUUGAUUGCCCAAACGGACAGAGGGAAAGACUCUCGUCUCCUUGUCUUCAGACUCAGUGCUGUCCAAAAAGAUAUAGAGACAAAGCAAAUGAUAAGAAACAAAUAUGACUGCAGAGAAAAUAAACUGGAGAGAACAAAAGGCUGCCAUUUGUAUGCCAUUAACACUCACCAUGGAAGUGAACUGAGGAUUGUUGUGGCUAUUCGGAACAAACUACUUCUCAUCACAAAGAAAUACAAUCCACACAACAGUGUCCCCAGCAGCUCUCUGCUAUCAUCUCCUGAAUCUCCAGUAGAGGAGUUCCAGUACAUCCGGGAAAUAUGCCUUUCUGACACUCCAGUGGUUAUGACGCUGGUGGAUGGACCUGCUGGAGACAGUGACAAUAUGAUCUGUGUAGCGUAUCGGCAUCAGUUUGAUUUAGUCAACGAGAGUACAGGGGAGUCCUAUAGAUUGCAUCACAUUGAAACAAACAAGGUUAAUUUUGUUGCAGCUAUUGAUGUAUAUGAAGAUGGUGAAGCUGGUCUACUGUUGUGUUACAACU